AUGGCACGACCUAUUGUACCUAGUCAACAAAAGUUGGCUGAGAAGCUAACUAUUUUAAAUGACAGAGGUAUUGGGAUGUUAACCCGUAUUUAUAAUAUAAAGAAAGCAUGUGGUGAUGCAAAAUCAAAACCUGGUUUUCUUUCGGAUAAAAGUUUAGAAUCUUCUAUAAAGACAAUUGUUAGAAAGUUUCCUAACAUUGAUAUUAAGAGUCUUCAAACAAUCACAAAUCUUCGCAAUGAGAUUAUUAAAUCUCUGUCACUAUACUAUUAUACUUUUGUUGAUUUGCUUGACUUUAAGGAUAAUGUUUGUGAGCUUUUAACUACAAUGGAUGCUUGUGGGGUACACAUGGACAUUACAAUCAAUUUUGAUUUAACAAAAGGUUAUUUGGAUCUUGUUGUUACUUAUGUCAGUUUGAUGAUACUUUUGUCACAAGUAGAAGAUCGUAAAGCAGUUCUAGGUUUAUUUAAUGCAGCUCAUGAAAUGGUUCACAAUCACUCUGAUCCUAGCUUUCCUCGUUUGGGUCAAAUGAUUAUGGAUUACGAUGCACCAUUAAAAAAGCUUUCAGAAGAAUUUGUUCCUCACUGUACAUUAUUGAGAACUGCCCUCAUUUCAUUAUGGCCUAUAUAUCCUGAAAGAAACUUAUCUGCAGAUACAUGGAGAGCAGAUCAAAAGCUUAGUCUUGUUGGAAGCCCUGGGCAAAUACUUAAAGCAGCAGCAACAGAUACUAUGUCCUGUGAAACUUUAAGUUUAGAUAGAAUAGAGAGAUGGGUUAUCUUGGGUUUUACAUUGUGUCAUUUACACUUAAACCAGGAACAGUCCAUUAAACUUUGGACAACAGCUUUAGAAUCAGGCUGGGUUCUGGCCUUAUUUAGAGAUGAAGUAAUUUACAUACAUCAAUAUAUACAGACAUUUUUUGAAAGUAUAAAAGGACAAAGUAAAAAGGUAUCUGAAGUAAAAGAAUGUUACAAUCAAGCAGUACAAAAAGCAGGCUACAGACACAGAGAAAGAAGAAAAUUUUUGAGGACAGCAUUGAAAGAGUUGGGUUUAAUAUUAACUGACCAACCUGGUCUUUUGGGACCAAAAGCUCUCUUAGUUUUGAUGGGACUUUCUCAUGCAAGGGAUGAAGUUUUAUGGCUUUUGCGACAUGGCGUUAAUCCUCCAACACAAGGAAAAAGUAAAGGAAAAGGGGAAGAUUUAGUGGACAGGCAGUUACCAGAAUUAUUGUUUCAUUGUGAAGAAUUGAGAGCACUAGUAAAAAAAUAUUCCCAAGUAUUGCAGAGGUAUUAUGUGCAAUUUUUAUCAGGAUUUGAUGCACCUGCUUUGGAUCAAAUGAUACAGAAUCUCCCUGUUUGUCCAGAAGAUGAAGGAGCAAUUCUUAGUGAUAUGUGUUCAAAGAUAGCUAGUCUAACAGUGAAACAAGUGGAAGAUAAUGAACUGUUUGAUUUUCGUGCAUUUAGGUUGGACUGGUUCAGAUUGCAAGCAUAUAUGUCUAUUGCAAAAUGUAAUAUGAAUUUAGCUGAUAAUAGAGAAUUAGCAUCUUUCAUGGAUACUGUUGUAUUUCAUACUAAGAUGGUGGAUAAUUUGGAUGAAAUGUUAGUUGAAACAUCUGAUUUAUCUAUCUUUUGUUUCUACAGCAAAGUAUUUGAAGAUCAAUUCCACAUGUGCUUAGAAUUUCCUGCUCAAAAUAGAUAUAUUGUAGCAUUUCCUUUAAUAUGUAGUCAUUUCCAAAGUUGUACACACGAGCUCUGUCCAGAGGAACGUCAUCAUAUUAGAGAAAGAAGUCUAUCUGUUGUCAACAUGUUUUUGGAUGAGAUGGCCAAAGAAGCUAAAAAUAUUAUCACAACUAUUUGUGAUGAACAAUGUAAUAUGAGUGAUAAAUUAUUGCCAAAACACUGUGCACUAUUAAUUUCUCAAGUUGUCAAUCGAAAAAAGAAAGAUAAAAAUAAAAAGAAUAUGUAUGAAAUUCAUAAACCUGGUAUAGAAAGUUAUAGAAAGACCAGAGAAGAACUUACAACAAUGGAUAAACUUCACAUGGCAUUAACAGAGCUAUGUUAUGCUAUUAAUUAUUGUCCUACUAUCAAUGUGUGGGAAUAUACUUUUGCACCAAGAGAAUAUUUGCAUCAGCAUUUAGAAUCAAGAUUUGCCAGAGCACUUGUUGGUAUGGUUAUGUACAAUUCAGAUACUCAUGAAAUAGCUAAACCAUCAGAACUUUUUGUUAGUGUUAGAUCUUACAUGAAUGUUCUUCAGACAGUUGAAAAUUAUGUGCAUAUAGAUAUUACACGUGUAUUUAAUAAUGCACUACUUCAACAAACUCAAGAAUUGGAUAGUCAUGGUGAUAAGACUAUUGCUGCUCUAUAUACACAAUGGUAUUCCGAUGUGUUACUGAGACGCGUUAGCGUUGGAAAUAUUUGUUAUUCUAGCAAUCAAAGAGCAUUUGUUAGUUUAUCUGUAGAAGGAGCAAUACCCUUUAAUGCAGAAGAAUUUUCUGAUAUUAAUGAAUUGAGAGCAUUAGCUGAACUAAUUGGACCAUAUGGUAUGAAGAUGUUAAAUGAGAAUUUAAUGUGGCACAUAGCCAGUCAAGUGCAGCAACUGAAGGCAUUAGUUACCUCAAAUAAGGAUGUUCUCAUUUCUUUGAGAACGAAUUUUGAUAAACCAGAAGUAAUGAAGGAACAAUUUAAGAGGCUGCAACAGGUAGAUAAUGUGCUACAACGAGUUACGAUUAUAGGUGUAAUUUUAAGCUUCAGGCAAUUAGCACAGUCUGCAUUGGUUGAUGUUUUGGAAGAACGUAUACCAUUUCUUUUAAGUUCAAUUCUCGAUUUUCGACAUCAUUUACCAUCUGGUGAUCCAAUGCGUGUUGUUUCGGAAAUGACAUCAGCUGCGGGUUUAACCUGCAAGGUUGAUCCAACGUUAACAGCAGCAUUGAGAAGUCAAAAAUCUGAGGUGGAUGAAGACGAACAUUUACUUGUCUGUUUGUUGAUGGUUUUCGUCGCUGUCUCGAUUCCAAAAUUGGCUCGAAAUGAGAAUUCCUUUUACCGGGCAUCCUUAGAAGGACAUUCUAAUAAUAUACACUGUAUGGCAACCGCAAUAAAUAAUAUUUUCGGCGCGCUAUUUACGAUCUGUGGACAGAAUGAUAUAGAGGACCGAAUGAAAGAAUUCCUUGCUUUAGCAUCAUCUAGCUUACUCAGACUAGGUCAAGAAGCGGAUAAAGAUGCAAUCAAGAACAGGGAAUCCGUGUAUCUUUUAUUGGACCAAAUAGUCCAAGAAUCGCCGUUCUUAACAAUGGAUUUGUUAGAGAGCUGUUUCCCAUAUGCACUGAUACGUAAUGCAUAUCACGAUGUUUACAAGCUUGAACAUUCGCAACCUUAAAGAAAUCGUCAACCCUCGUCAAUGAAAAAAUGUAUAUUUUCAGCUUGCCACUCAGGGCUACUUUCUUACGUCCAUUAUAUUAAUCACGAAAUCAAAAACAUUUUUAUGAAU